AUGUGGUUUGUGAGGGUUUGUGAAGGCCUUGUGAAAUUGGCGAAAAAAAUUGGAUUUUUUUCCAUCUUGGAAAGUCUUAAAUAGCAAGGUGAGGUGUAUUUUAUUAUCUUUAAAAAGAAAUGACCACUGUAAAUGAAAUUAAUCUCGAAAAUUUGUGUUGAAUAGACCGGUUAACAUGGUUAAGGCGACUUGUUUUGUGAAUGCAAACAAAUGACUCGUGAGCUGUCGUCUGAAAUAUAAAUUGUCUGAGAAAAUCUAGGCGAAUUUGAAAUAUUGUUUUCCAAAGUAAAUGCUCUGCUUUAUUUAACAAGAAUGUAAGAUUUACAUUUUAGCAUGGCUGAGUAUAAAGUUGACCAGUAAAAUUAUUAAAUUGCAUGAUGGUACGUGUGUAAUACUUCAGUAGUACAACUUGGUGGAACUUAGUGGAGCAAUUCACAUAAUUGGACAUUGCAUCAGUCAGAAACCUGAAAAUCUGUUGUGCAUGCGUUUUCAUUACUGAAAUGUCUUCAGUUUACUGGAAUUGCGGAAAGCUAUGAGAGCAUUGCAUGCAUGAGUAAGAACAAAAUUAUUAAUUGAUCUGUCAAUGGCCGUUCAGUUUAUAUGAUAUCUGCAAUCUUUUCUUUUAUUUCAAUUAAUAUUUAUCAAGGAACAUCCAAUUUAGCAGAGCUAGUUUAAAUGGAGCCCCAAAGGAUUGAUGGCACCGGAGCCAUGUUGUUUUGUCUCUAGUGGGAGGGGAGGGAGAACUUGCCAAGUUCUUCAUUGUCUUGCCUAUAAUGCAGGGAUAUCUUUGGUUGUCACAGGAGAAUCCUCGUUCCUUGUUGCCUCAUUAGCAUAUGCUAUUUAUUCUCUGACAGAAGCAUAUAACCAUAAAAAAUCCCGAAAUCAAAAAUUUCAAACCUAAAAAAAUCCUUUGAUCUUCCUGCUAGCAGAGGUCUCAUGCCUCAUCGUCAGAGACCUCUCUGCGAGCAUGGAACCUUCGAUCAUCCCUGUCACUUGAAAUCCAAAGUAACCCCUGGGGUGUCGGUAUUAAGCGGGCAUCCAUAAAGUAGGGUUUGACUGUAUUAUUGUUAUUAUUUUUUUUGCUGCAGAGUGAGACCAAAAGUGUAUUUAAUUUGUAAGUAUAAGUACCGUAAAAUUCUGAAAAUAAGCCUCUCAAACUCAUAAUGCAAAAAACCCUCCGUUAAAUCGUCCCUUCAAAUAUAGCCCCCUGGGGCCUUGUACUUGGAAAUUGCCCUUAAAUACAAAGUAAAACAAAGCAAAAACGGUAAAUUUACUUCCAACUAUAAGGCUAGCCCAAUCGAUUUUGAAAUGCAAAUUUCCCUCCAUAGAUAAACCCCUCCGAAUAUAAGCCCCUCCAAAAAUAAGCCCCUCAAAAAGGGCCUUUGAAAAAUAUAAGCCCCAGGGCUUAUUUUCAGAAUUUUACGGCAUAUGUUCAGGCCAUUUCAAAGGAUUGUAGAAACAACAGGGUCUGAUCAGGACCAUCAUAGAGCCCUAUGAAUUUGCUUUGCUUAGUACGUCAUUUAUUUUUGUCUUCUAGCUGAUCAGUGUUUUUAUUUUUUUUUUUUUAUCCAGAGGUUAAGUAAAGCCAAAAGUGCCAGCAAUCAUUUUUCUACUGCUAUAAAAUCUUACAGUUCAAGUAUAUCAAAAUAUCUGUCCCUUGCUUAAAUUUUAUUCUACUAUGGCAGCUGUAGGAGACAUCAUUGCUGAUUCUGAAAACACGACCAACUUGAUCAUCAACUACAUUCCACAAAGUUACAGUGAUGCAGAAUUUAAGGCUCUGUUUCAACAAAUUGGCCCGACCAAAUCCUGUAAGAUUUGCAGACACAAAGCAACUGGGUACAGCUAUGGCUUCGGGUUUGUGGAAUACUUCACCCCUGAACAUGCUCAGUCAGCCAUAGACAAACUCAAUGGCUUUCAAAUAGAAAACAAGUUCAUAAAGGUUGCUUUGUCAAGAAAAGGAGGGGAGAAGAUCAAAGGCGCAAACCUUUAUGUUCGGAAUAUUCCAAAAACGUGGACUGCUGAAGAUCUGAAGGUACUAUUCACUCCCUAUGGCAAUAUCGUCAACAGCAAGAUCUUGACAGAACCAAUGACCGGUGCAUCAAAGGGUGUGGGCUUUAUUCUUUACGAUUUGAAGUCAGAGGCUGAAGCUGCCAUUGCAGCUGUAAAUAACACUAUGCCUUCUGGAGCAACAGAGAUAAUGUACGUUCGUUUUGCUGAUGACAAUACUUCUAAACUGAAGCCACCACCUGGAGCUACUCCUAGCAUGCCUCAGAGACCAAGUUUCAAUCUUGGUCCUCAACAGCAGCAAGGGGCAAUUGGACCCAUGGGACAGGCUAUGAUGAAUCGUCGUGCCAACCGAUUCAAUCCCAUGUUCGGAGGAUCCCAGAUUCCUCCCCCAUCUGGGUUUGCCCCAAUGUCAUACUCUGGGGGUGGUGGCAGUGGCGUUACUUUGUUUGUUUACAACAUUGGUACCAAGGCAACUGAAGCUGCAGUUUAUAGACUCUUUGCACCAUAUGGUGAAAUAAAGAAGAUAAAUGUGAUGUGGGAUUGGGAAAGAGGACAGUGCAAAGGAUUUUGCUUUGUUACCAUGGGUACGAUUCAGGAAGCUCAAAAUGCUAUUCAUGCACUAAAUGGCUUUACGUAUGACCAGCAACCUCUGCAAGUAAAGCUGAAAACACCAAAGAUGUGAUCAAAUUCACCUUCCUUUGUGCUAUGUGGCACAGUGCAACACAUUAAUUUCCUAGUUUAAAAAAACACACUGUAUUUAUUUUGUAGUGUUUUUCCUUCCGAUAAUAUUUUUUACCUGUAUAGUUACUGUUUCAGCAAACGAACAAUAUUUCUGACAUCAUCAAAAUCUGCAUGCCAUGUGGUACAAAAUUUUUGCAGAUAAUCAAGUUUUGGUGUUUUGUGGGAAGAGUGGUUUUUCUCACCGGAGAUUUAAUUUUUGCUAUUUUUUAGAAAGCCACAUUCACGUGGACUGAUAACAUUUUAAUGUUAAUUAAGCAAACACCAUUUUUUUGGUAUGUACAGUGGAGUUGAUUUCUGGGAAAAUGUUUGUGGUAUUUUUUUUGUGUGGGAAGUUCUUUUGUAGAUUAUGGGG